UAGUGGGCUCGCAUGGGCUGUGUACGUGAGCGCUUCACUGGCGGAAUGUUGAAUGCGUCACGUACAUACAGAAAAGAAAAAAAAAAAAAACUUCGCAUCCAAAACCAAAGAACACAGCCUUAGUUGUCAAGCAAGACCGCGAAGAAAAACGGCAUCAAAACAUCAGAAAAGCAGUACGAUUUCCAUGGAUCAUGGCGAUCCCCAUGGCCAUCGACAGAAAGCGCUUUUUGCAGUACAUGCUUGCAGCCAUUUUUUUGGUUGCAAGCAGCAGAGUGCUCAGAUGGAGCAAGGUUUUCGGCGGUGGCAAGGAAAGCUCUCUUGCCAAGCCAACGCGAAAUUCCUGGCUACAGCCUACACGGUGGUGCUACUACUAGUAUAGUAUAACUAAGCAGCCAGAUGGAGCAUGGCUAAGUUGCUUGCCCUGGUUACAAAUCAAACGAUUCCUUUCUUGCCCCACUUUCCCUCCAAAAUUCUCGCUCCCGCCCUCUGCUUCUUCUUCUUCUUCUUCUUCUUCUUGUAAGUGCCAAGUGCUAGCUGCAUCCUCGCUCAGCUCACUUGGAACACCACUCAUUCGUUUCCAUUCCAUCACUCCCUUCUUGCAUAGUGCUGGUACUUCUUCGUUUGCUUGCUUCUGCUCUUGCUCAGCUAUAGCCAUGAGCAAGCAGCCGGUGACACCGCAGGCGGGCGGCGGCGAGCCGUCCAUCGGUGCUCGCGGAGGCGAUGCGGCGCCGCCUCAUCCGGGGCCCGGCCGCAUUCGCUUUGUAACAGAGCAGAGCGACGGUGCCGGGGACACUGCCACUGCCCGGCCCCAGGUGCGCACAGAGCGCCCCGGGCCGAGGUACAAGCCUGUGUCUCGGUGGAGGCAAGAGGCGGCGGCCGAUGAGCAGGCACAGGUGUACGGACAUUACCCGCUCGGAGGCGGCCGGGAGGAACCGCCGGCGCCAAAACCAACGCGGCGCUGGGGUAGCCGUGCCGGGCUGGGAGGAGCUGCAACGUCGCAGGCGGCAAGUCACCCCGCAGCAGCGGGAGGGGCGCUGCCGCCGAGGAGCAGCAGCCUCCCUAGCUCCGGAACUGCUGCAUCGCCGACCGGUGACAUCCCCGACUCGUCGGAAGAACCGCCGGCACCGCUACUACCCCGGCGGGGUGGCCUGAAGACCAAUAAGACCAUCGAGCGCGUCAGCACGCUGCAGAACGAGGCGGCACCCUCGUCGGAACGAGCACCGCCGGCACCGCUAGUGCCCCGGCGCGGUGGCCUCAAGCCCAAUAAGACCAUCGAGCGCGUCAGCACGCUGGAGCCGAUGCCGGGCGGGAUUGGGAAUCCAGCGCCGCCGCUGCAAGCGCAUGGUGGUGUGCCUCAGCAUCCGCAACAACAGAAGCCGGGGCCACGUCAGGAUCAGCAGCCGGAGGGGGCGGCGAAUGCCGGUGGUGACUAUGUGCCGCCGAAGCAGUCGCCGUCCGGGACGAAGAACCGGGCGAUGCUCCUGACGGAUAGGAGGAGGAAGGAGAAGAACGCGAGGAAGCCACUGGCGUUCUGCUUCACCUUGUGCUGCAUCCUGUUCUGGCUUCUGGUGGUCUGCAUCGGCCUCGCCAUCCUGGUGGUGUACCUCCUGUACCACCCCAAGGCGCCCCGGAUCCACGUGAGCACGGCCACCCUCAACGCCGGCUACAUCGACGAGCUCCCGCCGCCGCACAUGGGGAAGGCGCUCAACUCCGACCUCUACGUGCUGGCGGCCAUCUACAACCCAAACACCAAGGUCGACGUCGUCCUGCGCUACAUGCAGCUGGACCUCUACUUCCAGGGGAGGCUGAUCGGGACGCAGGCGGUGUGGCCGCCGCUGUACCAGAAGCCCGGCGACUCCGCGCUCCGGAGCGUGCACCUGGUGGUCAGCGAGGUGGUCAUGACGCAGGAGGACGCCGAGGUGUGGAAGAACGUCACCACCAGCGGCGGCCUCGUGGAGAUGCACCUCCAGGGCAAGUUCUACGUCCAGCUCAACUUCGGCCGCUGGCUACCGUUCAGGUACACGGUCAGGCCGAUUUGCGCGCUCUGGCUCGACCCGCCGCCGGCGGGCGCCCUGCGCAGGGCGCGCUGUGCGAACCGCUAGGGCAUUUCAGGUACAUGCGCGAAGCAA